CCAAACUUCCGCUGUCCUGACCCAAGCGGCAAGCGCCCAGUGAGAGGCUAGUAACUCAGCGGGGCUGGCUGAGGCUCUGGCUGGGAGAGUCCAUUCGGGGGCGGGGGGACGGAACAGAACUAUCGUGCCUCGAGACCGGUUCCCGGGCGGAGACGGGAGUGAGUGUGUGAGGCGCCGGGACCCCUACGCGCUUCGGCAUGGCGGCGGCUUCGCUUCAGCCUAAGAAGAUCGUGGCGCCCACUGUGGCGCAGAUCAACGCGGAGUUCGUGACCCAGUUGGCAAAUAAGUACUGGGCUCCACAUGUGAAGAAAAAAUUACCUUUUGAUUCAAAGGUUAUUGAAGAUGUGUAUACAAAAGAAAUUGUCAAAUCAAGGUUUGCCAUUAGAAAGAUAAUGCUUCUUGAAUUCAGCCAGUACCUUGAAAAUUACCUGUGGAUGAAUUAUUCUCCAGAGGUGUCCAGUAAGGCCUAUUUAAUGUCAAUCUGCUGUAUGGUGAAUGAGAAGUUCAGAGAAAAUGUACCUGCGUGGGAGACAUUCAAAAAGAAGCCAGAGCACUUUCCUUUCUUUUUCAAAUGUAUAUUGGAAGCAUCAUUAGAUGAGAGUGACAGUGAACUGUCUCUGCAUGAACAGACAGUCCUCCUUCUCUUCCUUGAUCACUGCUUCAACAGUUUAGAAGUGGAUUUGAUCAGGGGUCAGGUGCAGCAGCUCAUCUCCCUGCCAAUGUGGAUGGGCCUACAACAUGCACGUCUGGAACAAGAACUGAAAAAGACACCAAAGCUUAGAAAAUUUUGGAAUCUGAUCAAGAAGAAUGAUGAGAAAAUGGAUGAAAAGACACGAAUGCAGGCAUAUCGAGAGAGAAGAUUUCUUUCACAGCUCAUCCAGAAAUUUAUCUGUGUGCUAAAAUCAAUACCCCAUUCAGGUCCUCUUUCCAUGGACAGAGUUCAUUACUGUGAAAGAUUCAUCGAACUCAUGAUAGAUCUAGAGGCCUUGCUUCCCACACGGCGGUGGUUUAAUACAGUAUUAGAUGACUCCCACCUUGUUGUUCAUUGUUACCUCUCUAGCCUUGCUAAAAGGGAAAAGGAGGGCCAUCUCUUCUGCCAGCUUUUAGACAUGCUUAAAUUCUACACCGGCUUUGAAAUUAAUGACCAGACUGGGAAUGCUUUGACAGAAAAUGAGAUGACUACAAUUCACUAUGAUAGAAUUACUUCCUUACAGAGAGCAGCUUUUGCACAUUUCCCGGAACUAUACGAUUUUGCACUUUCAAAUGUGGCAGCAGUGGACACUCGUGGUUCAUUGGAAAAGCUGUGUGGACCCCUGAGCCCAAACACACUCCACCAGGUGGCAUCAUACCUCUGCUUGUUACCGGCUCUACCUGAAGGGGAAGAUACAGGCUAUGACAAAGAAUUUCUGCUAGAAUUACUGGUGUCUCGUCAUGCACGUCGAAUAUCUCAAAUUCAGCAGCUUAACCAGAUGCCUCUGUAUCCCACUGAGAAGAUUAUUUGGGAUGAAAAUAUUGUCCCAACUGAGUACUAUUCUGGAGAAGGCUGCCUCGCUCUUCCUAAACUGAAUUUACAGUUUCUGACUCUUCAUGACUACCUUCUACGGAACUUUAAUCUCUUCCGCUUAGAGUCUACAUAUGAGAUCAGACAGGACAUUGAGGAUAGUGUCAGUAGGAUGAAACCUUGGAAAUCCGAAUAUGGAGGCAUUGUGUUUGGUGGAUGGGCUCGAAUGGCACAACCCAUUGUGUCUUUCACUGUGGUAGAGGUGGCAAAGCCCAACAUUGGUGAAAACUGGCCAAUGCGAGUACGAGCAGAUGUUACAAUUCAUUUGAAUGUCAGAGAUCACAUCAAAAAUGAAUGGCAAGGUCUGCGCAAGCACGAUGUUUGUUUUUUAGUUACGGUGCGUCCAACACAACCUUAUGGCACAAAGUUUGAUCGAAGGAGGCUUUUUGUUGAGCAAACUGGCCUGGUGUACGUCAGGGGUUGUGAAAUCCAGGGCAUGUUGGAUGAUAAAGGACGUGUCAUUGAAGAAGGACCAGAACCCAAACCAAGACUUAAAGGUGACUCAAGAACCUUUAGAGUAUUUCUGGAUCCUAACCAGUAUCAACAGGACAUGACAAACACAAUCCAAAAUGGAGCAGAAGAUGUCUAUGAGACAUUCAAUAUAAUCAUGAGGAGAAAGCCAAAAGAAAACAACUUUAAGGCUGUUCUGGAGACUAUUAGGAAUCUGAUGAACACAGACUGUGUGGUUCCUGAUUGGUUGCAUGACAUCAUCCUUGGAUAUGGAGACCCAAGCAGCGCUCAUUAUUCAAAAAUGCCAAAUCAGAUUUCUUCUCUGGAUUUUAAUGACACCUUCCUAUCCAUUGAUCACUUAAAAGCCAGUUUUCCUGGAUAUAACAUAAAAGUAACUGUUGACAAUCCAGCUCUACAGAAACCCCCUUUCAGGAUAACUUUCCCACUAAGGGGAGGAAAAGGGAAGAAACGGAAAGAAGAGGAUGGGAAUGAAGAAAAGGCUGAAGAAGCUAAAACCUUAAUUGUGGAACCUCAUGUUAUUCCCAAUAGGGGACCAUAUCCAUACAAUCAACCCAAACGGAAUACUAUUCAAUUUACUCAUACUCAGAUUGAGGCUAUACGUGCAGGAAUGCAACCUGGGCUGACUAUGGUAGUGGGCCCACCUGGUACAGGUAAAACUGAUGUGGCUGUGCAGAUAAUAUCCAAUCUCUAUCAUAAUUUCCCAGAACAGAGAACCCUGAUAGUUACACAUUCCAACCAGGCCUUGAACCAGCUGUUUGAGAAAAUCAUGGCAUUAGACAUUGAUGAGCGCCACCUCCUGCGUCUCGGUCAUGGAGAGGAGGAAUUGGAGACAGAGAAAGAUUUCAGCAGGUAUGGAAGAGUUAAUUAUGUCCUGGGUCGAAGACUGGAGCUUCUACGGGAGGUUGGACGAUUACAAGAGAGCCUGGGGGUCCCAGGAGAUGUUUCUUAUACUUGUGAAACAGCUGGUCACUUCUUCUUAUACCAAGUAAUGUCUCGUUGGGAGGAGUAUAUUAGCAAAGUGAAAGUUAAAGGUGGCAAGCUUCCUGAUGUUGCAGAUGUCUCUAGUUUCUUCCCUUUUCAUCAGUAUUUUGCAAAUGCCCCUCAACCAAUUUUUAAAGGCAAAUCUUAUGAAGAGGACAUGGAAAUUGCUGAAGGGUGUUUCAGACACAUUAAGAAAAUAUUCACUCAACUUGAGGAAUUCAGGGCAUUUGAACUCCUCCGCAGUGGCCUGGAUAGAUCCAAAUACCUCUUGGUGAAAGAAGCAAAGAUCAUUGCAAUGACUUGUACUCAUGCGGCCUUGAAACGACAUGACCUGGUUGAAUUAGGCUUCAAGUAUGAUAACAUCUUAAUGGAAGAGUCUGCUCAGAUUCUGGAGAUAGAAACCUUUAUACCUCUCCUCUUGCAGAACCCCCAAGAUGGAUUCAGCCGACUGAAACGAUGGAUUAUGAUUGGUGACCAUCAUCAGUUGCCACCUGUCAUUAAGAACAUGGCUUUCCAAAAAUACUCCAACAUGGAACAGUCUCUCUUUACACGCUUUGUUCGUGUGGGGGUGCCAACUGUUGACUUGGAUGCUCAAGGAAGAGCAAGAGCAAGCUUGUGUAACCUCUACAACUGGCGUUAUAAGAAUCUGGGUAAUCUGCCUCAUGUGCAACUUCUGCCAGAGUUCAGAACCGCAAACGCUGGAUUUCUGUAUGAUUUCCAGCUUAUAAAUGUAGAAGAUUUCCAUGGUGUGGGAGAGUCUGAACCCAAUCCUUAUUUCUACCAGAAUCUCGGUGAAGCAGAGUAUGUUGUAGCACUCUUCAUGUACAUGUGCCUGCUUGGUUACCCUGCCGACAAGAUAAGUAUUCUGACAACCUAUAAUGGACAAAAGCACCUGAUCCGGGAUAUCAUUAAUCAGCGUUGUGGGACUAACCCAAUUAUAGGCCGACCAAACAAGGUGACAACUGUAGACAGAUUUCAAGGUCAACAAAAUGAUUAUAUUAUCCUUUCAUUAGUGCGAACCAAAGCUGUUGGUCAUCUUAGGGAUGUCAGACGUCUAGUGGUUGCUAUGUCAAGAGCCCGGCUUGGGCUUUAUAUCUUUGCAAGAGUAUCCCUGUUCCAGAACUGCUUUGAGCUAACUCCAGCUUUCAGCCAACUCGCAGCUCGACCCCUUCAACUGCAUAUAAUUCCCUCAGAGUAUUUUCCAACGAUCAGACAGAAUGGAGAAAGACCUUCUCACCAAGUACAUGUUAUAAAGAACAUGCCUCAGAUGGCUAACUUUGUGUACAACAUGUAUAUGCACAUGAUACAGAGUACACGCCACUACAGACAGCAGGAUUUAUUGCCCCCACCCGCCCUGGUUGAAGAAAGUGAAACAGUUCAACAGGAAGCAGAAGUGGAAGUUGAAACUAAGAGCACACCAGUGGAGAGUGAAGAGACAGUGAAGGAAGAGGGAGAGACGGUGAAAGAAGAGGGAGAGCAUCGGAAAAUGCCAGAGCAUCCAGGAAGAGAUAGUGAUAGUGAAGACAGUGAAGCUGAGACUGAGACUGAAAAGUGAUCUUUACCCUCAAUAUGUUUUGGGCACCGACUGGAGAUGGUGACAGAGCAAAAAUAAGUUGGACCUUAUUAAUAGCUGGCUGUGUAAUGCGACCUGUUCCGCAUAUUUUUCACUGAAUAUUUCAGUCAACAAAUUUAAUGAAUGGUAAAUAGUGUUAAAUAUUAAUGGGUACUGAAUUCUUAUCAGUAUCAAUGCUUUGUAGUUAUUCAUCUCAAGUGAUAAGUGCUUUUCUUUCAUGACUCAUUUAGUAAAAAUGUUUUUAUACUUGUUUUUAAUGAUUUAGAUAGAAAAAGUAGAAAUUUUUAAUAUGUUCACUGAUUCAACCAUCAAACUUCUGGUGAUUUUAAGUAAUUAUCUUCAGGCCCACUUCACAUUCACUUUCCCUAACGCUUACAUAUAAAGUGUACAGUGGAGAGGUUCGGAACCAAACUGCCUAUGCUUCUAUGCAGAGAUGUGGGUGUGGGCCCUAAUUCAGCAAGAUACUUAAGCAUGUGCCUAAAGUUAGACAUAUGAGUCGUGCCAUUGACUUCCAGGGGAGUUAAAUACAGACUUAAGUGCUUUGCUGAACUGGGGCUUUGAGAGCAGCAUAAGACCAUGUGCUAGCUGUGCUCGUUUCAUUGCUGCCUUCUGUUACUGUUCCUAGUAUGUUGUCAUAGGCAAUAGAAAAACUUUCAUCUUUAUUUUAAGAGACAGUAAUUGCCCAUGAUAAAGUAACAUUGAGUAAAGGUGAAGGUUGUUUUCCACCCAUAGGAACUGGGUCUGCAAAACAUCAAACAUGUAUUGAGACAGUGCUUGAGUGGAUUUUCUGGGGUAACUUCCAAACGUGCAUCCUUCAUAAGCUCCUAGGGAGUAAAAGGUUUUCCGCUGAUUCGGCAUCAGCGUCUGCCAACUUGGCAAGUGAUUCAAUGAAACACACGCUUCUUUCCUAGUAGAUUUGCAGACAAAGCAGUAAGCAUAGGACCAUCCUUCAUAUUCUUUGCUGGCAAAGGAAAGAUAUUCAGUUGUGAAAUUGCCAACAAGAGUUCCUCACAAAAUAUAGACAAGAGAAUCAUUCAUACUAAUGAAGCUUAAAACAUUAAGUUUUCUUAAUAUCUUUAUAGUAAAAUGAGAAUCAAAUGUAAAGAAAUACAAUUAGAAGCAAAACUUGAACACACACACACUGCCAACAUGAUGUAUGAGGAGAACCCCACCCCCAUCAUCUUCAUUAAAAUGAAUCUCCCUUCCCAUGUCUCCACUAUUGCACGUCACCAUAUCUAGCGAGCUGCUACGUUUGUUUUCUGAACUCUCAGCCAAACCAGCAAAUGAAUCACUUGUGAAACGUGUGUGUGUGUGUCUCCAUCCAUCACUUUUACCAGAAAAUUUAAAAAGAACCUGUGCAUUUUUUUUCUAUCUGCUAGUGGAGGGGUGAAUGGUGCAGAGUUAAAUAUAUGGGUGAUACAGUUUCAUAAACUAACAUGCAUAUGUUUAAUCAGGGAUGAAUAGUACAAGGCCUUCGAGCAACAUGUGACCAGCUCAGCUGAGGGUCAUCUCUGCUUUCCAACCUAUUUUCUAUAAAUAUUUGAGUGUCUGACAAUCUAUCUUGGUUCUUUUAAAAAAAAAAAAAAAAAAAAAAAAUUGGAGCGGGAGCAUGCGGUACUUGUACAUAAUUAAUGAAGCAACUGAAGGGGGGGGUUCUCUAAAAUAGGUAGUUGAAUAUUGUAGCCUGGUCUAUAGAUUAGGAAUAAGAAUUUACAGUUAUCACUUUGAGAGUUGACAGGUUCUUGUCCCAAGAUCAGGCCCAGUAUUAUUAAAAUUAUUAUAUAGUUGGGAAAUUAUGUGCACAGAUGCAACAUUCACACUAUAGGAAUGCUUAUAUUUACAAAUUUAUUAAUACAUUUAGCAAAGUCACAAACACUCUAACUCAAUAAGAUAGAUAGAGAUAAUACAGCAAGUACAUCUGAACAUCCAUACUCUCACCAUCCCUUGCAGAACAACCUGAAAUGUUAGCCAUCAUCUUCCUCAUCACCAUCACCUUCCUCAUCUUCACCAGUGGUCAUCAUUCUGGCCUCUCCCAAGGUCUGCAUCUCCCUCUCCUACUGCCCUGGGAUGCUCCUUUUAUAAUAUGUUAUGCUGUCACCAUGUCUAUUCAUUAGGGGUUUUCCCCCUCUUCCUUAUUUCUAUUUCCUCCCCUUACCAAUGUUAAGGUGUCCUUUUUUUAAUAGGUUAAUAUAUUUGAUUUCAUGUCAUUAUCAUAUAUGUUAAUUUGUUGCUCUGGCACUCUUGCAGUUGGAUGUUCUGUCCAAAACUUUCCAGAAGCUGGUGUUAGCUCGUAUUUCUAUGGUUGGCUGAUGUCAUUAUAGACAAAAUUCCCCAUUACAUUCUACUUCCUGUUCUCCAAAAUUUAUGGGUUUCCUAAGUUUAUCUAUGCCAAAGUUUGUAGGCGUCAAGCCUUAUGCUAACUGCUAAAGCCAGUGUCUUACAGUUUACAAGCCUCUAGGUUCCUUGAAUUACUGCUGAAUAUAAUAAAGCAGAGUAUAAUGAAAAUCAGAGAAUAUAAUAGAGGUAAACUGGCCCACUGGGCGACAAUAUGGAGUCAGGAACUAUCUCAGUAACAAGAGUACAGAGCCUGACUGCCUACAGCAACUGGAGAAGAUGUAGAAGGAAUAAAGGAAUGAGAAGAUACUUUUGAAUGUAUUUGCAGGCCCCCUGGCUAUUUCCGCAUGCCCACCCCACACGCUGAUGCGCACACAGUCUAUGUUGAGCUGUGCUACAUGUGCAGACCCGUCUCCAGGAGACUUGGCUCCCCAGUGCAUGUGAAGCAAUUUGUAAUUGUUCUGCUGUGUCCAGAGCCCUGCUAGACCCAGAGAGUAUGGGUGUAGAUUUGCUCCUAAAAUGGUGGGGAGAGUUGUGAAGGGGAUUGCCACUGGAAGGGAACAGAGAUAGUUUAGUACAAAUAGCAAACAUUUGAAUUACUGCUUUACUGCAUCCUCAUUUCCCAAAGGCUGGGGCAUGCCUCCCUGGGGGUUUGAGGAACUAACAAGGUAAGGAGUGGGAGGGGAGAAGAGUUAAAGGUCUAUAAACUUAGGGUAUGUCUUCACUUAAAAUGCUGAAGCAGUCCUGCUGUAGUGCUUCAGUAUAGAUGUUAUCUACACCGACAGGAGAGGUUCUCCCAUCUACAUAGGUAAUCCACUUCACUGAGAGGUGGUAGCUAGGUCAACGGUUAGGUCGGUAUACCAAUGUACAUUUCUAAUGUAGGGAGAGUGUGAUAGGCUUCAUUUUAUUGAAAGGGGAGGGGAUCAAAUUUCUGAAGUUUGGGAGAAUGGAUAGUUUACUGAAUGGUUGGAAAGCUUUGGCUUUUUGAAUCCUUUCAUUCAAAGCCAACAGUCUUCAUGAUUUAAAUAUAUUGAAAUCUUUCCUCCAAAAAUGCAUAUAGUUACUGUUGAUCUUUUUUCUCAUAUGAAAAUAUAACACAAGUUCAAGUCCGUAAUUUAGGUCUUGGUGCCUUGUUUUUGAAAGACAGUAUUUUCUUGGGAUUUAACAUCUCCUUUUAGUGUUUGCAGCGUUGUGCUAAUGAAUGAGAGAGAGAUAAUGAAAUUGAAUAAUAUAUUUUCAUUGUCCCAAGUUGACUGAAAUGCAAACUGUAAAUAAGCACUUUUUACAAAACCCUAAGAGCUAUAGAUGUUCCCAUUUUUUAAUGCCUUCCUUGCAGAUGUACCAUGGCAGGACAUUUGUAAGGUAGCCAUGUGGUCUUCUGUCCACAUCUUUUCCACUCAUGAUGCCAUCGCCCCAGGAGCGGAUGUGGCAGUUGGCCAUGCCAUUCUACAGACUGUGACUUCUUGCGUGUCUUCGCACCCACCUCCGUGCUGAACACUGCUCUCUAGUCUCCCAUGUCUGGAAUCCAUAUAGGGACCAGCACUCGAAGAAGAAGAAGGGGAGGUUGCUUACUGUAACUGGAGGUUCUUUGAAAUGUGUGGUCCUUAUUUGGAUUCCAAUACCCUCCCUCCAUCCCCUCUUAAAGCCUAAGACGCACCACACGGCCGAAACACGUGAGAGUCAAUGGAUACUACUACAAACAGGUUCGGCGCAUGGCGUGCAUGCACGCCGCCUUUGGAAUCCAAAUAGGGACCAUACAUCUCGAAGAACCUCCAGUUACAGUAAGCAACCUCCCCAUCCUAUUGAACAAUAUUACACUGUGUUUUCUAAAGUGAGACCUACCACAUACAUUUGGGAUGCUGAGUUGGAUAGGGAGAGAGAGGUCCUUAAAAAAUCAUCCCCUUUAGCUGAGGACACAUACAAGAAUACUGAAACAAGAGUAUUGGGAGAAUGCUUUGUUGCCAAGGAGUCUUCCUUUUGGACAUGUAUUGGCUACUGUUUGGAAAUAUGAAUGGAUAUUGCCCGGUCAGUGUUUUUAUUCACCAUAUUUAAGAGUGUGUGAGCUUGAACAGAAUCUAUUUAUAUAACACUGCAUAAAAUAACCUUAAACCUUGAUAUUGGUGAAGUAUCUAUACCCUUUAGUGAGUGGUCCAGAAUAACCACCCUGAGAAAUGAAAGGACCUGGUUGAGACAAAGACCCCUCUGAAUGGUAAAAGUUUGUGUUCAUUUUGCACGUUGGAAACUCUUUUUUUAGGAAGCCUUUUCAAGUGUCUAAGGCCCAGAUUCUCAGUGGUAUUUAGGCACCUGAUUGCCAUUGAAAUCAAUACAAGCUAAAUAUGUUUUGAGGAUCUGAGCCCCAGUCUCAUUUGUAAGUCACUUUUAAAAUGAAAUUUUUGUAACAAGUAUUUUUGAAAAAGAAUGGCUUAGGUUAGCAAGGAUGUAUGUUGGAAAUUAUUACUAUCUUUCAUGACUCUGGAAUUGCUUAUAAAUGAGGAGAAUGUGCCUAUGCUCAGUGCCCCGCCUAUAGAGAAAACCUUUACUGCAAAAAAAGAUUGACUUCCAGUUUUAUUAGCUCAGUUGUCUUGGUGUGCACCCUAAAGUAGAACAUUACAUACAUACCUUGUGGGGACUGUUAAAGUCAUUCCUUAGCAUGAGAAUUCUACUGACAAGAGUGAGUGUGAUGUGCAUCUAUCUAGAUUUGUCUAUUGCUCUAAUCACUAUAGCAUUUAAGCAUGUAACAAGGAAAAUUUAGGACUAGGAGUGGGUGGGACACGUGGGGCUCCGCUAGAUCUUUGGCCAAAACAGAAAUCUCUAAGGGGCUGCUUCAGCCAAUGUAAUUUAGUAGAUAGAGGUGGUCAGCUCAGGAUCAGAGGAAAGAGAGGUGUCUUAGAGAGAACUUUUUCCCAGCUGCAUUGUAUGUAAGCUUGGCUCAGUUGAGGACUAAGCCCUUAGUAUCUGCCAUGCUGCUUCAGUUUGCAUUUUUGAAAACUGUCACAUCCUGUCAUAGAAAUCAAUGAGCCAGUAUAACCUGAAGGAAGUACAAGGCUCAGAUUAAAGUAUCCUGUGCCCUGCCUUCUCCCCUCCAGUUUAGAAGUGAAACUGAGCUGACUUGGUGCCCCUAGCCUGACUAUCCAUUCCCAUCACUCCUGGACUCCUUAGGCUCAUUCAUAGGUACCAAAUGAUCCAAACAUAAUUCAGAUUCUGUUAAUGUAUGUUCCCAUUCGCAAGCUGAUUUAAUCCCCACUGAGCACAGAGGCUUCUAAUGCAGUAGGUCCUAAUCUCUCGCAUGCAUACAGCUCAGACUUCAGUAGUGGGCCAGCUGUCCUAAAUUGCUCCCUACUCCCACAGCGUUCACCCACUGGCAUUCUAUCAGCCUGCACUAUGUAAUGAGAGGCGGCAUCGAGGACAGCUGCUGUUGCUGACUUAUCACUCAGUCCUGUACACAGUGCCCUGCUAUAAAAUUCUGAGCUGAAUCAAGAUUUACUGAUGACUCUAGGAAAUGUGUGGCUCCUUAUUGUAUGAAAUAAAUUAUAUAUUCUCUUUGUCUACAUAUAUACACGUAUAUUUAUGGGAAGACAGGUUAUAACUCCAGAGUUAAAGUUUGAAGCAAGCUUCUCUUAUAAACCCAAACUUAAUACACCCAUCUAAUUUCAUCAAUAUGAAAUAAAUCCAUCUGACGUACAUUACGCAUCUUACCUAAAUUCUGUCCUUAUUUUGGACAGUUUGUUUCAAUUUGUUUCAAUUUCAAAAGUUGUUGUAGUGGGAUUCUGGAAAUCUGAGGGCUUGGUAUAUGAGGAGCUUUCAAUUAUGAUAAUAUUUUCUAAUGCUGAUUUUUUUCUCUGAAAGAGGUUUGCCCUGCAAAUUACAAUUUUAUUUUGUUUUGGUGGCCUUGCUCCAAAUUGGUGCUUUUUAAUGUUUUAGGAAAGUUGUGAGAGGGAAUUACAAAGAUAUAGAGCUGAUACAAGUAACUAUUGCUGUGGUGCAAUUGUACCUGGUAAUAUAUGUUCGCAGUAAAAAUGUAUACAUUAUAAAUACACUAUUCGUGGCCUGGGUGACAUGAGCAGAGGCCUGGAGGAGAGAUCCAGAGCUCAGGGACUCCACUGGGGAAGAAGAGGAGAAUAUGGGAGGAGAGAGCAUCUCUGAUCUAAACUCAAGUGCACCACGGGGAGAGGAGACCAUUCUAAAUCCAAUCCCCUUAGCCCCUGGCUCUCCCCAUUAGUGCAAAAUUCACAGGCAGGCAAAUUUAAUUGUUUAAAGUAGAACUGUCAAUUAGUUGCAGUUAACUUGAGCAAUUAACACAAAACAAAUUAACUAGAUUUUUAAAAGAUCUCCAUUAAUUGCAGUUUUACUAGCUGUUAAUAAAAUACCAAUUUUAAUUUAUUAAGUAUUUUGGAUGUUUUUCUACAUUUUCAAAUGUAUUGGUUUCAAUUACAACACAGAAUACAAAGUAUUUAUUAUUUUGAUUACAAAUAGUUGCACUGUAAAAAAAAAAUGAAAUAGUAUUUUUCAAUUCACCUCAGACAAGUACUGAAGUGCAAUCUCUUUCUUGUAAAAGUGCAACUUACAAGUGUAGAAUUAUAUUUUUUACACAACUUCACUCAAAAACAAAACAAUUGUAAAACUUUAGAGCCUACAAGUCCACUAGUCCUACUUCUUGUUCAGCCAAUCUCUAAGACAAACAAGUUUGUUUACAUUUACAGGAGAUAAUGCUGUCUGCUUCUUAUUUGCAAUGUCACCUGAAAGUGAGAGGAGGCGUUGCAAGGUAUUUACAUGCCAGAUAUGCUAAACGUUCAUAUGCCCCUUCGUGUUUUGACCUCCAUUCCAGAGGACAUGCUUCCAUGCUGAAUUUAAAUUGCUAUUCUAUUAUUAUUAACUGUACAAUUAAAACUGUGAUUAAUCACAACUUUUUUUUUUAAUCUCACGAUUAAUUGCGAUUAUUUUUUUAAUCGUUUGACAGCCCUAGUUUAAAGUUUAAUUUCCCAGGUUGCACCAUCUGAGCUGCUGUUUUGUAUGAGGGACUGUGCUAUUGUGGGCAACUGGAGCUGGAAGGCAGUGUGCAGAGAGCAGUGAUUGAAGGCAUUAGACCUGAGGAGGGGAGGCAUUAUAUGAGGAGUUGUCUUACAAGCAGAGUGUGUGACAGAGAUGUAAGUAUAUGUGCCUGGGUGUUGUUUUGUAGUCAGGAUUAACACCCUUUUGCAACCUUUCCACCUUAAAAAACUUUAACAAAGUUUUUUUAAGGGAAUCGUCAAUGCAACCACAAAAAAAUAAAUUCUGGGGGGAAGACAACGUUGAGUCAUUUUGUUCAUCUCCAAGUUGCGCGGGGCAAGGAUCUGGCUUCACAGAUGAGCUCAGUUCCCAUCCUCCCAAAAGUCCCCCAGCAGCACCAUGUUGUUCCACCUUUAUGUGUAUCUGAAAGUCUAUAUGUGCAGUUUUGUAUGGCUGUGUCUGUCCAUAUGUGUGUCUGUGUAAAGCACGUCCCCGCAGUGUCCUCCCUGUAGUGUUCAAGCAUCUUUCUGUGUCACAUCACCCACAGCACUGUGUAUUCCCCUUUGGUCUCUGUUCAAUCUCCCCAGCAGGCCAUCUCUGUCUCCCUCCCAGCCAGACCUUUCUUCUUUAACAGGGAAGGGGGUGCUUGUCCCGUCCCAUGCCAUGUGCUACAGUCCUUUGGGGAGAGGACUGGAGGAGGCAAGCAGGUCUCUUCUCUCUGGCUCCUCCUGCUGUCUGAAGUGAUAUUGUCUAUAAGUUAGGGAACUGAGCCUUUCAUCUCUACUCCUCAACUGUCAAGUGGUGCUGAGACAGCUGCUGCCGCACACAGCGGCAUUUGGGAAGUUAGAAAUGGUCUCCCUUUCCCUUUCUUGCCUCCCUGCUGUCACCGAUGCAUAUUUGCAGGGGGGAAAAACAUUGCAGCUCCCCCACCCACACCUGAAACUUAUAGGGGAAAUUUCCACCUUAACCUCUCCCAGCGGUUGUGCCUGUGGAACAAAUAUAUGUGUAACAUACACUACCAAUUUGAAGUGACCAGUAUCUUUAAAAAAGUCUCUUCUCCAAUUUUUGCUGAAGAGGGGCUUUCUGUAGUUUGAUUAGUCUCCACCUAAAGCCAAAAACCCUAAGAAUAAUAUGCAAAAUAAUCAGUGAGGUUACAAUAAAAUGAGACAUGGUUCACUAAUCAAAUCUGUAAAAGCUGAUGGCUGCGUCUCUGCCUCUUUUGUAACGCAUGCCUCUCAUGUGCCUGUUUCUCCCUGUCUGCUGACUUCUCUCCAUCCUCUUCUCUUUGGCAGCUUUGUGUUGGGCACAAAAUAUCCUUUUAGCUCCUGCACUCUUACCCAUCUCCUCUUUUUCUUUAGAUCACCUUAAUUAAAUGCCAUAACUGACCUCCACCUUGAAAACCCAGUUUAAAUCUGUGUCUUCAGCUUCUGGUGGUAGGAUGUAGUUCAUUAGAGUAAGUCUAAGAAGUAUGAUGAAUAGGAGAGGGAUUACUUUACAUGGACAGUACAAAUCUGUCACCUACAAUGCUUGGCCAACUCAAACUUUCAAAGGCAAUCUCUAAAUUAGUGACAGUGUGUGUCUGUCUGUCUGUGUGUGUGUUUAAAGCAUGUCCCCUCAGUGUCCUCCCUGAGUUCAAAGGUCAGUUCCUAGUUAUGCAACUGACUUGCUUUUGACCUUUGGCCUCACAUCAAUUUCUGUCUGUUAAAAUGCAGAUAAAGGGAAGCUUAAUUUAGUAGGUUCUUUAAAGCACAUUGAGAUCUGUGGGUGAAAUAUGCUAUCAAAAUGCAAAGUGUUAUUAAUAUUACAGAAUUUAAACGUGACCGGGAAUUGUAUGUGCAUAAAGGCCCAACCCAACAAAACAUUUAAUCACAGGCUUAAUAUUAAGAUCCCAAGUAAUUGCAUUCAAGUCAAUGGGGACAACUCCGGUUCUUAAAGUUAAGAACGUGCCAAAGUGCUUUGCUGGCUCAGCACCUAAAUCAGGUAUGUAGGCAUAGUCUGUGGUUUUUUACGUGUAAGGAGAAUAAAGAACUAUGUGGUUAGGGACAAAAUCCAGUGAUAGUGAAUGGAUGCCCCUCAGGCUGCAGAGAAAUGAAUAGUAGAACACUUCAAGGGGUCAGUACUGAUAUCAGUAUUAUUUAAUGUACUAAUAAUUUGAAGGAGGACAUGGACAGCAGGUUGAUGAGGGUUGCUGGAGACUCUAGGUUAUUUAAUUUAGUAAAAGCUAUGAAGAAUGAUGAGGAGCUCCAGAUAGAUUUAAACACAUUGGGGAACUGGUUAAGUGUAUGGCAGAUGAUCUUUAACUUGGAUAAACAUAAAGUAACACAAAUUGCCAAAGAUGGACUCUGAUUUUAUAGGAUUUUCUCAGGACAAAAGCUUACGAGUCAAUGGACUAAGGAGACAGCUCAGUGAAUAUAUCUGUAUAGCUACUGAAUAGGAUGAGGGAAAGCAUGGAGCCUUGAAGGAUCCUGCAUGUGAGAGUCCUGGAGAGUGAGGAACAGUUGUCCUCAGAAAGACCUGAGCAAUUUCAGCCUUGUAGAUAGAAUGGCAGAAUUAGGUUGUCGACCAUUUCACAUGCCAUGGUGACUCCAAAACAUUGAGUAGCUAUGUGCUUCCUCUCCUGCUUCCUCCCCCCCCUUCCCCCCCCGCCCCAAACUAUGGGCAUUUACCAGAGUGACAAGGGCUGUCUCUCCACCAUGUCCUGGCAUGAAGCCUUAUUGGGAUGGAUGUUGGCAACAGAGAGGCUAGUUACAGCCUAUUUUUAGUUAACUUCUCAAUUAACUUGCUUAAGAAAGAGAGAUUGGAAACUGAGCAGUAAUUUGUGAGAUUGCUGGCACUGCGUGCUUAUCUAUUCAGAGUAAAGGUUAGCCUCAUGAAGCUCUAAAAGACAAAAAUGUUUUGCUAUAAUUGGAAGUUAUGGAGCUGUUCAGGGAAGAUGCGGUUGGAGGAGAGCUAAUGGAAAAGGACUCUCUGCUUCCUGCGCAGGUUAACUCCAAAAUUAGAAAUAUAUCUGCAAUAUGUCCACGUCAAGGAUGCUGUGAAAGCCAUAACUAUGAAUUUCGUGACUUCUGUACAUUUAAUCAUAAUGCAAUCAUAAUAUUGCAUUAAUAUAGUUUACAGUGAAAAUUUUAUUAAUGAAAAUAAAAAUUCAGUGGCAAUUGAUGAUAAUUUGUGAUUGUAAUUGCACAAGAGAUGGCAAUAUAAGAUUCAGAUUACCAUGUAUAUAUCUUGAAUGUAGGAUGUAGAAUUUAAAUAUCUGUGAUCCAAGCCAAAGCCUGUAACUGGCAUGCAGCUGGGCUACCUGCUGGAAUCUUUUUGGGUGGUGGAAUGAAGAAAUAUUCUUUCUUUGAGCUAUCCAAGAAUGAGAAAAGUCACCUGCAAAAUUUCUUAUGAUAUGACAAAUACCUUUUAUUUACUGUAAGGUAAUCCAAAAUAGCAAAUUGAGGUGUAAAAUGAAAGUGUCUCACCAACUACAGAAAUGCUGUCAUAUUUGUCUUUUCCCAACAAAAGAAAAAGGUUAAAAAAAAAAUCUGAACUAUAUUAGAGGAAUUUGGAAAUAUUUAAAGUGAAUGUGUGACUGAUACAAACACAGCAACAGUCCAUUGGGGAUUUUGGAGCACUGAUUUUUUUCCCCUCUCUAGUUACGCUACUUCCAUCAUGUGGCCUUCUCCAAACUAUUGUUGUUUCCAUUGGCAGGGCCGGCUCCAGGCACCAGCAUUCCAAGCAGGUGCUUGGGGCGGCAAUCAGAAAGGGGCGGCAGAGUUUCCGUGGCUGCAAUUCUGUUCCGCCAGCCGCGGCAGCAAUUCGGCAGCGACAGGUUUUUUCACUGCUUGUAGUGGCAAAAAUGGUAGAGCCGGCCCUGUCAAUUGGGCACUACUAAUGUCAGGACUGUGUCUAUCACACUGCAGCAAAACCUUUCUGGAUCUGAGCCCUGCUCAGAAAUACCUAGCACUGAAGAACCCAGACUAUCACAUAGGACAUGUAAGCCAACAGAUCCUUUCCAGUCCUUGACCAAGCUCCCUGUUGUCACAUAGAAUCCCACCCAUAUAUUUAUUAAAAUCCAUCUUAGGCUCCCUAUGGAUGUUUCCAUCUUCUCCUCUCCCUGAGGUAGAAAAGAGAGGAUGUUUACUGAACUGAAAUGCUGCUGCCAGAGCCAUCCCUGAAGACUGUAGGCCAGAUCCUCAGUUCUGAACAAUCCCCCUUAUGCUGCUCUGCAGCAUGGGAGAUCUAACGCUACCAUAACAAGGCAGCUGGGAUUUUCCCCUUUUUCAGCAGAAUCUCUGGCUGGCAUGGCAAGCUUUACACAACUCUGUCAUGACCCUUUGGACACAGGGGAGCUCUAGCUGCAUAAUGGUGUUUCCAGACGGCCAGCAUAGAGUUCUAGAUUUCAAGGCCAGAUAGGACCAUUGUGAUCAUCUAGUCUGACCUCCUGUAUUACACAGGCCAGAGAACUUCCCUGAAGUAACUCCAUCUGGACUAGAGCAUAAGCUAAACCAAUCUUGAUUUUAAAAUUGCCCGUGAUGGCAAACCCAUCACAGCUGCUGGUAAAUUAUUCUAAUAGUUAAUUAUCCUCACUGUUAAAAUGUUAUGACUGUAGCCUUUUACUUUAUUUAAGGUUAAUUAUACUUCAGUGGGUUUGGCUCUGGUGGCUAUAGUUUUAAGUUCAACAGAGUUACCUCUGUUUUAUAUUUAAAGUUCAUAGGAACACAUGAAACCAUAGGAAAACAACACAUACAACUACAAGAGCAUUUAUUUGUUAGUGAAAUUUUAUUAAAAUUACUGACAAAGCUAUAAAUGUUACAGCAUAUACAAUUACUAAAGAUAAAUAUAAUGGACCAGUUAUAACUACAGACAUACUUACAUUUUUCUAGAUGGCCCUUUUAUGGUGCUGCUGGGAGACUUUGACCCUUAACAUGGGAGUGGUUCCUGCUGGAGUUUUCCCUAGGAAGCUCAAUUUUUCUGUUUUGAGCAACCUUUUUUAUACUGUGAGUUUGUCUAUACCUACAUUCUCCGCAUGUACAUAAAAGUGUCAACCUUCUUUUUCUUAUUGGUUUGUGUCCCCUGAAAACACAAGGGACCCCGAAUUCUAUAGGCUGGGUAGGUUUUUGUUAACAUUGAUGUACCACCUUUAUUCUGUGGUUAUUGUAUGUGUUAGAGACAAUAUUUUGUUGUCACAGCAUUUUAUAACUUAAUUUAAUCUUUCCAGCUAUACUUUUGCAAUAUUACCAGUUGGUACCUCUUUUCCAUUAUCUUUUGGGUUAUUUCUCGAUCAUUGACUUGUGCUAUUAUUUUUUGUCUCCAAAGCCCAAAAUAGCUAAGGUAAGGUCUUGCAGGCCUUGGCCUAUGGAUUUUUGUGUUUCAGCUUGCCUUACUUAUGUCUACCACAUAGUUCCUUUUAAAUACUGAUCAAUCUUAUACUUUUAUAAUCCUACAAAUUACUCUAAUUAACAUAGUGUUUAUAUGUCAUAUAACAUAUUGAUUAAUCAUAACAUCACAUGAUAAAUGGAUACUAAACUAAAAUCAUUGGCCACAUUCCCCACCUUGACAGGGUGUGUUAUCUUGUUGUUAAGCAACAAUUAGAUAAGAGCCCUGUUACAUACAUAUGACAGUAAUGAUUAAUACAAUAGCACAUAAGAAAUUUAAUUGAUGUAAUGUUUCAGUAUUACAUGUAAUUUAAAUUUAUGCUUGUCAUAAAUAUAAAGGGAAGGGUAAAUACCUUUAAAAUCCCUCCUGGCCAGAGGAAAAACCCUUUCACCUGUAAAGGGUUAAGAAGCUAGGAUAACCUCGCUUGCACCUGACCAAAAUGAACAAUGAGGAGACAAGAUACUUUCAAAGCUGGAGAGGGGGAGAAACAAAGGUUCUCUCUGUCUGUGUGAUGCUUUUGCCGGGAACAGAAAAGGAAUGGAGUCUUAGAACUUAGUAAGUAAUCUAGUUAGAUAUGCAUUAGAUUCUGUUUUGUUUAAAUGGCUGAUAAAAUAAGCUGUGCUGAAUGGAAUGUAUAUUCCUGUUUUUGUGUCUUUUUGUAACUUAAGGUUUUGCCCACAGGGAUUCUCUAUGUUUUGAAUCUGAUUACCCUGUAAGGUAUUUACCAUCCUGAUUUUACAGAGGUGAUUCUUUUACUUUUUUUCUUCAAUUAAAGUUCUUCUUUUAAGAA